GCGUUGACCGGUCUUUCCCACCCCACGAACGACCCUUCUCACCUCUCUCUCUCUCUCUCUCUCUCUCUCUCUCUCUCUCUCUCUCUUCACAAUAAAAUCCGAUUUGCGUUUCACAGCACACCAAAUCAAAGUCAGAGUGAUGAGAGCAGACAUGGCGGCGUCUACGGCGAUCUCUCAGCUAUCCUGCUUCUCCGCCGUUCACCGUAGCUUACACCUCCGCCGCCGCUCGCUUCUAUGCCCUUCCCCUCGCUCCAAGUUAUCAGUUGUUAUGAGUCUGGAGAGGCAUGACACAGAUACUGCUGGAUCUGAUACCAAAAAUACACUAAGUUAUGCAGCUGAUGUGUCAAAGCUACAUGUCCAAGAAAAGCAGAAUUCAUAUUCAACAAAAGACAACCAUGAUGCAGAAAAAGUAGGGACUAAAGAGGCAACUCAGGAAACUGUCGGUCAGCCAAAAAAAACUGCAAAAAUUCAUGACUUUUGUUUAGGCAUUCCCUUUGGUGGGUUUGUUUUAACUGGAGGGAUUGUUGGAUUCCUUUUUUCACGGAGUCCUGCAACACUGAGCAGUGGUGUGCUCUUUGGUGGUGCUUUACUUUUCCUCAGCACCCUUAGCUUGAAGGUUUGGAGGCAAGGAAAAUCGAGUUUACCAUUUAUUCUUGGACAAGCAGCAUUGUCAGGGCUUCUUAUCUGGAAGAACUUCCAAAGCUACUCAUUGGCGAAGAAAAUAUUUCCAACUGGCUUUAGUGCCAUUAUAAGUUCUGCAAUGCUCUGCUUUUAUUUAUAUGUGCUUAUCUCGGGAGGAAAUCCACCACCCAAGAAAUUGAAGCCAUCUGCCAGCACUGCAUGAUGAGAUAGUUAAGGUUAUCCUAUAGAAUAUGGGGAUAUAAUAUCUUAUUUUUCUGUGAAUUGCAAUAAGGUUGUAAGCUAAUUAUAAUUUGGCGUAGAUGCUUUUGGAAAUAGGUCAGCCACGAGGUACCAAUGUGAUUAUUGCGUUAGAUUCCUAGGCAUUUUGUGACUAAUAAUAUGAAAUUUGAUGGAAGAGCUGAUUUGCUUGUUACAGCUACAUAGUGUUGAUACUCUGACUA